AUGAAGCUGUAUUACAUUGGCAUUCUGCGACCAAACAAGCCUGAGGCCGUGCAGCUGGCCUCCGCCUCUGAUCUCUCGUCGUACUCGUGGUUCGAGAGAUCGACUGUUGGCCAGGCCUUCACUUUUCUGGCCGAGACUGUGAUCCCUCGAACUGAGCCUGGACAGAGACAGUCAGUCGAGGAGAACGACUACGUGGGUCACGCCUACCUGCGAAGCGACGGACUGGGCGGUGUGAUCAUCACCGACCAGGAGUACCCCGUUCGAGUGGCCUACACCCUUCUCAACAAAGUGCUGGAGGAGUAUCUCACUAAGCACCCCAAGGCCGAGUGGGAGAACGCCAAGGAAGCCUCUUCCAAGCUGGCCAUGCCCGAGCUGGAGGACUAUGUCAAGCGGUACCAGGACCCCCACCAGGCCGAUGCCAUCAUGCGAGUGCAGCAGGAGCUGGACGAAACCAAGAUUGUGCUGCACAAGACCAUCGAGUCUGUGCUGGCUCGAGGCGAGCGACUGGACACCCUUGUGGACAAGUCCGAGGCUCUGUCGCAGUCAUCCAAGAUCUUCUUCAAGCAGGCUAAAAAGACCAACAGUUGCUGUAUUCUCAUGUGA